AUGGAGGGGAGCGGGGGCGGGGGAGCUUUGCGGUGUCCGCCGCACUCGCACUACGAGCUGUGCGGCCCGUGCUGCCCAGCCACGUGCGCGGGCAGAGACAGCUGCGCCGGCCGAGGCGCCCGGGGCAGCCGCUGCUGUGAGGGCUGCGCGUGCGACGCGGGCUUCGUGCUGAGCGGCGCCGCCUGCGUGCCCCUGGCCCGGUGCGGCUGCUUCCGCGGCGGCCGCUACCGAGCUCCGGGGGCCGCGUGGUACCCGGGGCCCGGCUGCGCUCGCCGCUGCCACUGCGGCGCGGGGGGCGCGGUGACGUGCGCGCCGCGGCCGUGCGGGCGCGGGCGGGUGUGCGGCCUGCGCGGGGGCGAGCGCCGCUGCCUGCCCGAGGGCCGAGGCGCCUGCGCACUCGCCGGGCCCGCGCACGUGCUCGCCUUCGACGGCCGCGUGCUGCCGCUGCCCCCGCUCCCGCGCGCGCCCUUCCGGCCGGAGCGCUGCGAGCAGGUGCUGGCGCGCGCUGCGAGCCGGGGGCCCUGUCGCUUCGGCGUAGUGGUGGCCCGCGACGGGGCCGGGCCGCUCAGUCUGCACCUCAACCUCUCCGGGCACCUCCUGCAGCUAGACCGCUCCCGCGUGGGCGUCAUCACGGUGGAUGGUGAACACUGCCGGCUGCCCUGGGUACUGCCAGGGGGCAAGGCCUGGGCCACAUUGGAGGGCCGCCAUGUGGUGGUACACACAGCCUGCGGACUACAUCUUAUGUAUGACUGGGGCAGCCAGGUGCACCUAACUGUGCCUUCCACCUUCCACGGCCAGCUGGUGGGGAUCUGUGGGGCCUUUGGUGGCAAAGAUGGCCCCCUUGACCCCCCUCUAGACAAAAGAUCUUGGUUCAAGGGCCUCAUCACUAACCCCUGCCCACUGCCCCAGCCCAAUCUUGACUUUACCAUCAGCUGCCCCACGCAACCUCCGCAGAUCUACAAUGCCCCCAAACUGUGUAGACUUCUACAGGCACCAGAUGGUCCCUUUGGCCGCUGCCUGGACCAUAUCAGCCCUAAGCCUUUCCUCAGGAUAUGUCUGCAAAAUAUAUGUCAUACCCAUGGCCAGCACCUGGGUCUCUGUGAUGCCCUCACAGCCUAUACUGCAGCCUGUCAGGAAGCUGGCAUCCCUGUGAAGCUCUGGAGGGGCCCCAAGCUUUGCCCCCUGACUUGUCCACCCCGAAGCCACUACAGCAUCUGUGCACGGACCUGCGAUGGGGGCUGUGUCCAGCCUACCAGCCCCGCUCACUGUUCUACCCAGUGCUAUGAGGGUUGUGAGUGUGCCCCUGGACUCAUUUUUGAUGGCAGAGACUGUGUGUCUCAGGACCGCUGUGGCUGCUUUUACAGUGGACGCUACAUCCCUGUGGGGGAUGCACUGGUCCUGCCUGGCUGCCAGGAACGCUGUAUGUGCUUGCGUGGUCAAGGCCUCCAGUGCCAGCCCUUUUCCUGCCCACAGGGCACAGGCUGCAUUCUGGAUGGCGGUGUGCGGUGCUGUGAGGCUGGGGAGGGUGCUACAUGCCGCCUAGAGCUGGGGGGCCUCUUUACCACCUUUGAUGGCUUCAGUGGGCUCACACCCAUGCCUGUUAUGUCCUCUGCCUAUGAGCUAGCCACAUUGGUGGGUUCCAGGCCUGAGGAUCCCGACUGGUUCCAUGUCAUUGUUGACUUCCUGCCCUGUCCUGGCUGUACUGCUCUCAAACCACGAGUGAUUGUUGGCUUCAGGGAUGGCUGUGCAGCUGUGGGAACCAAUCAGGAAAUAUGGGUGAACGGGCGACCCGCGCGGCUCCCAGCCCAAGUGUGCGCGGGCGUGGUCGCACGCUGGGCUGAGGGCUCCCGGGUUGUCAUCGAGCGGCCCCCCACGCUGCGGGUGCUGGUGGGGCCCGAGGGUGCCGUGGCCUUACGGGCCUCUCCCGCGCUGCGAGGACGCCUCCGGGCGGCCUGCGGGGACUACAACGGAGUUGCAGCCGACGACCUGAUGCUCCCAGGACGACUCCGGGGUGCCAGCCUAAUCGACGUGUUCCAGGCGUGCCGGGCUCCGGGCUUCAACAACUGCGCCGAGAAGCUGGUUACUCCAGCCGUGACCCAACACUUCACCGGCCGACGCCGUCCCUCUGAACGUCCCCAUGGCUAGGACCUCCCGACGCACACCUGCCCUGGCGAUGGGAACCCACGGACCUUCCCGAGAUUGUUUGAAUAAAUAACUUAACGACCAAA